UGGAGAUGGUGUUGGCUGGGGCUGCUACUGGCAGUCAGAAAGCUCUCUUAAGGAACGAUUCUGUUCUCUUGCUAGCCCUAGAAAAGCUUCUCUCCUUCCCGACCAGAACAGAGAGUCUUUUCUCCGUGGGGCUAGAAGGGGAAUCCAGCGCUCCUCUCUAUCGGUUCCUUUAUCCCUUGCUUCCUGAAUCAUUAGUGCUGCUCGCCUUGAAAAUAAAACCCCACAGAGCUAAUAUAAAGUGAAACGCAUCAAAAAGGCAAAAGAGCUUGACCCUUGCAACCAGCCAUUAAGUAGUCUGUAUCGUCCCCCCCCCGUAGUCCCCAAAACCCCGGCAAAAAUCCCCUUUGAGGAGAACAUAAACUGCGGCAGCAUCGCACACUUUUAAUUACAUAAAUUCCAGAGUGGGGGUCCCCCCUCUUCAGCAAUAUAAAAAUCCAGAGGGGAGGAUAGUCCCAUGCGUUCACGCUCUAAUCUGGGAUGGUUUGCAUUGCACGCCAUUCACUAGCAUUAAGAGGAAGUUUGUGGGUGGUUUUUUUAAUCCUGUAAAACAAUAUUUGCAUUUUUAACUUUAACUUUAUGUGAUGCGGGGAGGGAAGAGAGGGGGCGAGAAUAGAGAGCGAGGGACAGAACAUCCCUACAGGAGGCAGCUCCCUUUCAGAUAGGAAUCUGGGACAGAUUUUGCCAACAGCCACAAAGCAUGGCCCUUUGGUAAUAGAAUAGCCAAUGUAAUUUGACACUUCAACUUGCUGUGCUCUCUGCUAGUUGAUUCACUUACUCACCCACUAACAUUGAGCUCCUUUUCACUGUCUGUAGGGGGGGGGGAGCAGGAGAGAGAAACCGCUUUUAAAUGAAAAAUAUUUUUAAAAGCACCUGAACAGAGCUGCCAAUCAGUUGGGGACAGAGGAUUUUUGCCUGCCUGCUUCCUUAUUAUAUUUCUUACUGCAAGCCUGCUGUGCAAUCUAGGAAGUACUGUGUGUUACAGACUGAGACAUCAAUCCCAGCUCACCCCCCUUUUGUUUUCUUGACUGAAUUAGAAGCUCCAGGAAUGUGCUAAUUGGCGGCGGCCUCUUCAGAGAAGUAAAAGAGAGAGUGCGAGCAAUUUGCUCUACGAGAUCCACUUGUCGUCAAAUUACACGUCUUGCCAGCAGUGUCCAACGAAUGACUUGAACCAGACAUAUAGUUUAUUCCUAAGUGCUGAACAGUGCAAAGGAAAAUGGAUCGUGUUAUUUGAAGGCACUGAGGAAAUAGUCAUCAGCUCCUGAGAGGAAGAAGGCACUUGUGGAACUCAGAUUGAGGGAUUUUAAUGGCUUUCAGGUAGAAGCCAAGUGGAGACAAUCAAAAUGAAUUCUAUGGACAGGCACAUACAGCAGACCAAUGACCGGCUGCAGUGCAUAAAACAGCACUUACAGAAUCCUGCAAACUUCCAUAAUGCAGCUACAGAGCUCCUGGAUUGGUGUGGAGACCCAAGAGCUUUCCAGAGACCUUUUGAGCAGAGUCUGAUGGGCUGUUUGACGGUUGUUAGUCGAGUGGCAGCACAGCAAGGAUUUGACUUGGAUCUUGGAUACAGGCUACUGGCCGUAUGUGCAGCCAACAGGGACAAAUUCACUCCAAAAUCAGCUGCGCUGCUUUCGUCGUGGUGUGAGGAGUUGGGACGGCUCUUGCUGCUUCGUCACCAGAAAAGCCGGCAAAACGAUCCUCCCGGGAAGCUACCCAUGCAACCCCCCAUGAACUCUAUGAGCUCCAUGAAACCCACACUCUCUCAUAGUGAUGGGUCUUUCCCCUAUGACUCUGUUCCUUGGCAGCAAAACACCAACCAACCACCAGGUUCUUUAUCAGUGGUCACUACAGUAUGGGGUGUGACUAAUACCUCCCAAAGCCAGGUGCUGGGAAACCCAAUGGCAAAUGCCAAUAACCCUAUGAACCCAGCAGGAAACCCCAUGGCUUCUGGGAUGACUACCAGCAACCCUGGCAUUAAUUCCCCUCAGUUUGCUGGGCAGCAACAGCAGUUUUCAGCCAAGGCAGGCUCUGCUCAACCUUAUAUGCAGCAGGGCAUGUACGGGAGACCCAACUAUCCCGGAAGUGGAGGCUUUGGCGGGAGUUAUCCUGGUGGCCCAAAUACUCCUGCGGGAAUGGGGAUCCCUCCACACACGAGGCCUCCUGCAGAUUUCACUCAGCCGGCUGCAGCUGCCGCCGCAGCUGCAGUUGCAGCCGCAGCUGCCACAGCAACAGCUACAGCUACAGCCACUGUAGCAGCCCUUCAGGAAACCCAGAACAAGGACAUGAACCAGUAUGGACCGAUGGGUCCGACUCAGGCUUACAACAGCCAGUUCAUGAAUCAACCUGGCCCUCGUGGCCCUGCUUCUAUGCCAGGCAGCAUGAACCCAGCGAGCAUGGGAGCCGGAAUGACGCCUUCCAGCAUGAGCGGGCCGCCUAUGGGUAUGAGCCAGCCGAGGCCCCCUGGGAUAAGCCCCUUCAGCAGCCAUGGGCAGAGGAUGCCACAGCAAGCUUACCCAGGCCCACGCCCCCAGUCUCUGCCUAUCCAGGGCAUGAAGAGACCGUACCCAGGAGAGCCAAAUUAUGGAAACCAGCAGUAUGGACCAAAUAGCCAGUUUCCUACCCAGCCUGGUCAGUAUCCAACUCCCAACCCUCCAAGACCUCUUACAUCUCCCAAUUACCCUGGACAGAGGAUGCCUACCCAGCAAAACACGGGGCAGUACCCUCCUCCGACAGUCAACAUGGGACAGUAUUACAAGCCAUCAAGGCCUGUACCUGUGGCAAAUUACCCUCACUCACCGGUUCCAGGAAACCCCACGCCACCCAUGACUCCAGGGAGCAGUAUUCCACCAUACCUGUCACCUAACCAGGAUGUCAAACCACCAUUCCCACCUGACAUUAAGCCAAAUAUCAAUGCUUUACCGCCACCUCCAACCAACCACAACGAUGAGCUGCGUCUGACAUUCCCUGUGAGAGAUGGGGUGGUGUUGGAGCCCUUUCGGCUGGAGCACAACCUGGCGGUCAGUAACCAUGUCUUUCACCUGCGGCCAACCGUCCAUCAGACGCUGAUGUGGAGGUCUGACUUGGAGCUGCAGUUCAAGUGCUACCACCACGAAGACAGACAAAUGAACACAAACUGGCCGGCAUCGGUCCAGGUCAGCGUUAAUGCAACCCCUCUUACCAUUGAACGUGGCGACAACAAGACAUCUCAUAAACCUCUGCACCUAAAGCACGUCUGUCAGCCGGGAAGAAACACAAUUCAAAUUACAGUAACAGCAUGUUGUUGUUCACACUUGUUCGUGCUGCAGUUAGUGCACCGGCCAUCAGUUCGUUCUGUGCUUCAAGGCUUGCUAAAGAAACGUCUUCUCCCAGCGGAACAUUGUAUCACUAAGAUCAAGAGGAACUUCAGCAGCGUGGCAGCCUCCUCUGGCAACGCAACACUAAACGGUGAGGAUGGAGUGGAGCAGACAGCUAUUAAAGUGUCUCUGAAAUGUCCAAUCACAUUCCGGCGAAUCCAGCUCCCAGCGAGAGGCCAUGAUUGCAAGCAUGUACAAUGCUUUGAUCUGGAAUCUUACUUGCAACUGAACUGUGAACGAGGAACUUGGAGGUGUCCUGUAUGCAAUAAAACUGCUCUACUGGAGGGCUUGGAGGUCGACCAGUAUAUGUGGGGUAUUCUGAAUGCUAUACAAAACUCUGAGUUUGAAGAAGUUACAAUCGACCCAACGUGCAGUUGGAGGCCAGUCCCUAUAAAGUCAGAUAUUCACAUCAAAGAUGAUCCAGAUGGCAUUCCUUCCAAGAGAUUUAAAACCAUGAGUCCCAGCCAGAUGAUCAUGCCAAAUGUGAUGGAGAUGAUUGCAGCUUUGGGUCCCGGCCCGUCACCUUACCCAUCCCUUCCACCUCCACCAGGGGGCAAUAACUCCACUGAGUAUGGUAACCAAGGCAACAGUUACCAAGGUCAUGGCAAUUUUGAUUUCCCUCAUGGGAAUCCUGGUGGAACUUCUAUGAAUGACUUCAUGCAUGGGCCACAGCUGUCUCACCCUCCAGACAUGCCGAGCAGUAUGGCAGCUCUUGACAAACCCCUCAGUCACCCCAUGCAAGAAUCAAUCCCUCAUCCUGGCAGCACUGAUCAAUCCCAUAGUUCCAUGCAGCAAGGUUUGCACGUACCUCACCCCAGCAGCCAGUCAGGGCAGCCAUUACAUCACAGUGGUCCUCCUACCCAGCAGUCCCGGCAGCCACCACAGGCCGCUUCUAGCAACCAUCCACACAGUGACCUGACUUUUAAUCCCUCCUCAGCCUUAGAAGGUCAGGCUGGUGGACAGGGAGCAUCUGACAUGCCGGAGCCCUCACUGGAUCUGCUUCCAGAACUCACAAAUCCAGAUGAGCUGCUUUCGUACCUGGAUCCUCCCGACCUGCCAAGCAAUAGCAAUGACGACCUUCUCUCUCUCUUUGAGAACAACUGAAACCCUAUGUAUUUUCCCCACUCCCUCACUUGUCCACACGUGGGUAGCUGCACAAAGAGGAAUCUUCACACUCCCUUUCCACAGAAAAAAACAACAAACUCAGACUCAAUCGAAUGGUGCACUCCCUGCUUUCUUCAUCUCAGAACUGGUUUUGUCAGCGUCACUGACUGUGAAAGCAAGGCAAGGGGGAAAAAAGAAAGAAAUGCAGUGAUCUCGUAGAGUGCUGCUACCUGUCACAACGAAGCAUAGACAAUAGUGCAGCUAAUGGAAACCCCAUUCAUUGUUAAUCCUAUAGCGAGAGAGUUCUGUGAUACACAUAGUGUGAAGUGUACUGGCAAGAACCAAUCUUGGCAAGGAAACAAAAGGCAAAAGAAUGGAACUGUCCUAAUUGACCGGUCUCAGAAUGUCCUUCCAAUGAGUGUUCUUCCAUUUUUUUGAUACCCUUCCCCGGCUUUCCCUCUUUCCCCCCUCAACUGCAGAUUUGUGUUGGACAAAUUGUAUUGGCCACACACAUAAAGGAAAGCAAACAAACAUCUAAAUCACCAAAAAGCACAAAUAAUACAAUAAAAAUCAAAAGUCGGAAAGAAAUGCAUCAAAGAGAGACAUCUGCAUAACUAAUGUUUGUCUUCAGUAGAGGAGCCCUGAGAAUCUCCAGACGGCAGACAGUGUGUGUUUGUGUUUAUAAAGCGUAGGAAUCUGCAACACCUGUUUGCAAGGGAUCCCUCUGCUCAGACACACAGACUCAGAAAAAAAACCUUUAAAUUUGUUUUGGGGUUUUUGGUGUGGGGGGGUUGGUUUCAAAUCACUACCAUUUGUGACUGUGUCGUUAUCCAAUUGUUGACAUGAUUAUUUUUAUCCCAUAUAUCCAUACAAAGCAGAAAAAGAGCGGGGAGGGAGUGUAAAAAGUUUUCUCUCUCCCAGAGCCUUCAGUGUGUUCCGUCUCUGUGUCAUUAGAUCCUCUGUACUGCACAAUACCUAGCAGGACAAGCUGGAUGAAGGCAGGGAAGAGCUCACUGCCGGAUGAGGAGAGUAACAUCACUCUUGGCAUUUUUGUUUUUAUUUUUUAAGAGCUUGAAAGGAGCAUUGAAAUUGGACAGACACCUUAGAGCUUCUCUUUUGUUUUGCUUUGUGUUUUGUUUACAAGACUGUUACACAUAAUUAAGCCUUUUUCCGCCCUUUUUUUUUAACUCUUUAGCAGCCCAGGAUGUUUUAUUUUUCAAGAAGGAUGGGCAUGGGGAGAAUAAGUAAUUGUUGGUAGGUUACUACUGCCCUCAACAGACCCUGCUGCCACAAUCACUGUCUUGCCCUUGUAAUCUGUGCUUCUCGUGUGGUUGCUUCUCCUGCAUGAGCUUCCUAUUGCUUUAGUGCCCAUUUUUGUGCGCUCUCGCGCUCUCAUAAAUUAUGUACAGUAGCUGUGUAAAAAGUGCAUGUGUGCCAACUUUGCCCUCGUGGUGCGACAUUUCAGCUUUUGCCCACUGUACAGUUAUUGCUUUCUUUAUUACAAAAGCAAAUUUGACCACCACCACCACCCCAUCCCACAUCCCGUCAAAUAGUCCCUUAGUUGUUCUGAACAAUAUGUUUUAAACUUAAGUGCCAGAUGGAAUUUUGUUAGGAUUUUUUUUGUCUGUUUGAAUAUGUAAUCCCUCCUCCCCCAUUUCCCUUUUAGUUUGCAAUGCUGUAAAUGGCAUGACACGUGCUUACAGUUCUGGAUUUGCUUUCCUCACCAAAGUCAAUAUUUGUAAAUUCUUUGCAUAUUUUUGUUAACAUUUCCCACUACUGCUGUACAUGCAUCGUUAUAUAUAUAUAUGCUAGUCCGCAGCACCUUGCUGUAGAUAUUAAAGGAAAUGGCGGUUUAGUUCUUUUAUUUUCCAAUAGGCGUAUUGAAUUUGUCAAACAUUUUAUGUAGAGGUGUUCCCACACUUAUAUUUUUCCUGUUUUAUGUUUUUUUAAAAGGCGCUGUUCAUUAUGCAAAAUCAAUUAUUUUAAGAAUUGCUAUUGUAAAUAUCUUUGUGAAUAUUUUAGUAUCGUCUUUGAUAAUAUUCAACAUUUUCAUCAUCUGGUUAUCCUUUUGCUGGUGUUUUUAAAUACCUUGUCUGGAAAAAAAAUGGGUCCUUUAAAAAAAAAAAAGUAGGGUUCUUUAACAGAAUGAGGGAGCAUUUUUUUCUUUGAUAAAUUAGUCCAACUUUCAUAUCCAUUUCUCAAAUGAAUUGAUACAUCAGGCAGUACCUGGGCAAUCAGGUUCCAGCUCUGUCAUGCAAACUGAAUAAUAAUAAUCUUCAUUGACUGUGUGGGUGAUUAGGGGCUGGUUAGUGGCAGACAUUUUGCCUAUAUCAGCAGAACCCCUAAAGCCAGCCCUGAAAACAAGUAAACAUGCAUUAAGGCAAGCAGCAAGUAUAUAAGAUACAAUAUGUACAUCACUCUUCUGUUCCUCCAGCCUUUGAGACUGGAGCUGUCUAACACAUAAGGGUGUUGGUGGGUGGGGCAGGGAAACAUUACAGUAUGUUUUAUUCUGCUUAGAACUGUCUUUUUCUUCUCUAGACUUGACCAGCUGUAGAGGAUCUCUGCAGAAUGUUAAAGAUAUCUUGGUAUAAUACAUGGUGACGUGGUUGUGGCGUAGUGCCACUCUCACGCAAUUAGUAGGAAAGACCAUCCUUCAGUUACCAAUGUGUUUUGUAGCCGGUUUUACUGUAGUAGUUUUCCCCCUGUAUUUUUGCUGCAUCAUUUAUGUAGGUGUUGAAGUCAUUUGCAUGGGCAGAUAAUGAUAAACUGACUUUGUAUUGCCUUUAGGUAUUUGGGGGGUUUUAGUCAUAGAUCUUGGAAUAAAGAACACUUCUCACUCUGAGUUGGAAUUGGUUGCUCGGAUUCUGUAAUUGAUUCUGUUAAUGAUUAUUUAAUUGCUCUACCCUAUUAUUGCUCGAGCAGCUGGCUAAAUUAGCCACCUGAAAUGAUUUGUCUAUUAAAAUGAGUCUACGCUUUUCAAACCAGAUAUGUUAAGAAUCAAUCUAUUGCUAAUUGGUAGUCAUCUAACUGUAUCGUGUAGAGGUAUCUGUUGGGAAACAUAAACAGAAAAUCCCACAGAGAAUGGCAAUGUGGUUGGGGUGGUUUUCUACUUCAUACAUUAAUAACAGAGAAUUAAAUGGAUAUUUUAAGCCUGCAGAAACACUUGGUUCCUAAGCAAAAGUGACACUAGGAUUUUUAGCCAUCGUCAAACUGUCAGAAAUUUGAGACAGUUUCAAGACUGUUCAUCAGCUGACAUCAGGUACUGUACAAUAGAUUCAGUAUGAAAAAAAUUCUAAAUGAAAAUAUGGAUAAUUUUAAUCUGUUCACUGCCAUAAUGUUAAAAUGUAGGGAAAGAUCUACCAAAUAGGAUAAUCACUGUUAUUUUUCCUUUAAAGCUUAAUUAUUAUAUCAAAUUCCCAGUAGUGUUUUAAUCUGCUUUAGGUUUUUAAAAAUUGUUUCCUUAUGGAAGCUCAUCUGGGAAAGAACCCACAACGAUCUACAGUCUGCCAAGACGUUAUUAUAGGACUGACAGAUACACACCGAUGUCUGCAGUGGAGACUCAAGGGACAUCUGUACAUAUGUAAAUGAUGAAUAGAGACAUGUUAACAGAAACGCAUUCAUUUUCCUUGGAAUGUGCAUUGUUUUUAUUUUGCAGGAAAAAAAAGCUUGAAGCGCCAUCUUAUGUGGAAAAUGAAUCCUGUUUGUUAGCGUUUGUGAAGUCUCAGCAUUUGUUUCACUUUCACUUCUGUAAUAUACUCUGACCCUUUGUGGAAAGAAUUUUUUGUUUUGUUUUUGUUUUACCUACAUGUAAUAAUUAGCUUAAGUGUACUAGUCUAUCACCUGUGUAUUUUUAGGGUGCUACAGAAAUAAUGAAGAAAAUAAGGGGAUUUAAAAAAAUUGUAACCAAAUUCAUACUUUGUACAAUUUUUGAUAUCAUGAUCAGAGGAGAAUUAAAAAAAAAAAGUACAAUCUGAAGUAACAUGCAAAAAUGGCCAUUGUCUUUGUUUAUACAUUGUAUGUACAGUACAAUGCAAUCAUUUCAUACUUUAAACUGGUCAGAAAAAAUAAUUGUGAUUUUUAGUCUUGCAAAACUGUAUGUAGUUAGAUGAUGUGACAACCUAAUAUUUAUCUAAUAAAUAUGUAUUCAGAUGAAACCUGUA